ACCCAAACACUGGCCACAGUCGCUAGCUAAAAAGCACAGGAAAGGAAGAGGCGCAGGCCUUAGCGUCAGUGACAUUAUUCUGUUACAGUAGUGUUUAAGGUGGCAUCGGAACUUUUUGUUACGUCCUCAUUGAAUCUUUUGGAACUGAAGUCAAUCGGGGUUGUCUCAUGCGUUUACUGAAAACUGUCAAAAAGUAGAGGGAAGAGGUUGUUUUGAUGUGCGUGGCAUCGCGACAAGAGGCACCAUGAGUGCGGAGCUGGAUGCACUGACUGUGGUGAACCAGCUGCGAGAUCUCGCCGCAGACCCCCUGAACCGAAGAGCCAUAGUAGAAGACCAAGGCUGCCUCCCGGGUCUCAUCCUUUUUUUGGACCACCCCAAUCCGCAGGUCGUCUACUCGGCACUAUUGGCCGUGCGUUACUUGGCAGAAUGUCGAGCCAACAGGGAGAAGAUGAAGGGCGAGCUGGGGAUGAUGCUGAGUUUGCAGAAUGUCAUGCAGAAGAGUACGUCACCCGGGGAGACCAAACUGCUGGCGUCUGAGAUCUACGAGAUCUUGCAGUUGGCCGGUAAAGAAGAGGCCGAGCAGGCCGAGGCGGCGGCUGCCUCCUGCCAGCGUAAAGCCCAGUUCUUCCUGGGCUCCAACAACAAGAGGGCCAAGACGGUGGUUCUGCACAUCGACGGACUGGACGACUCUGCUCGAAGGAGCCUUUGCGAGGCGGCAUUGCUGAAAAUUCGCGGGGUCAUCAGCUUCACCUUCCAGAUGGCCGUCAAGAGAUGUGUCGUGAGGAUCCGCUCGGACCUCACCGCGGAGGCGUUGGGCACAGCAAUCAACUCCACCAAAGUGAUGAUCGCUCAGCAGGUGGUGAGGACGGAGGGCGGGGAAGAGCUGAUCUUGCCAUUCCAGGAGGGCUCGGAGGCGCUGGUGGAGGAGAACACCGACAUCCCGGACUAUCUGCCCGAGGAGGAGAGUCCCUCCGAGGAGCAGGACAAAGCCGUUACGCGCGUGGGCUCCAUCACAGACGGCAUGGGCUGGCUCAACACGGCCGCCAACUUCCUGACCCGCUCCUUCUACUGGUGACCACUUCCUGCGUUGUUUCCCCCCCAACCCCUCCUCUGCCUCUCCCGGUUUUUACUCAUCCAGCCGAAGCCUUAGCAUCUCUCAGCGUGGUCCCGUACGAAGCCCCGCCCUCACGGCCACACUUCAGCCUAGACUCCCCUCCGCCAAGCAAACAGAACCCGGCCGCGUGUAUAACGAGCGCUGGACUGCAGAGUGGAACCUGCAACAAUAUUUAACACGUGUGCAUGUGAGGCCACCCAUCCCGCUGCUGGCUGUUUGUGCACAACUACACACCAGCUGCAUAUGUACCUCACGAGACAUGGCCAGAGGACUCGAAAGCAGCCGAAACCAAAUAGCAUCCUGCAGGUGUGUGUCGCUGCGCGGACAGGGGGGACUUUUGGAAGGGGGGGUGGGGGGGCGGGCUUGUCCAACUGUUCCGAAGGCCAAUUUUGAGUACGUUGGCCGUUCCCUUUCUUUUGUGCAUGAUUUUUGGUUGCUCUCCUGCGGUGUUUUCUCUCAUCGUAGUUUUUCUCUCCUAUAUGUUUUUUUUUUUUUUUCUCUUGUUCUUUUUCAAAUACACAAUUUUUUUUCUUCCAUGGCCCUUCAGUUUUAUUAGCAUGCAGAGUAUUUGUGCCAAUCUUGCCCGAUUGCCUAGAUCUGUGACAUUUGUGUGUGCCUUUUUUGACAUUUUACUUUCAAACAUAUUAGCUAUGUUUUUUGUUCUUUCCAUCAGUCAUUCAAAUAACUCAUUUGAGAAAAACGCAUUUCUGCAUCCGCGGUGGCCCUUAGCAGCAGCCGCCAGCCUCUUCCCCUCUUAGCUUCACGAGGGACGUCUCGUCGGCAGUGACGGCGAGCUGGACGGCAGCAAGAGGCCGCCGCCCACUCAGCCACAGCUCACGCUAAUUGGUUUGUUGCACGCUGAAGGGAAGGGAAGUCCUUAACUAAUUAAAACGCCGCGUCGAGCUGGACUCUCCGCACUGACGCUUUCACGCAGGACGCAGCAGCAGCAGCGGCGGCGAGCUGGAUGACACAGACUUGAGGCCACCUCCCCUUUUCAGCCUCACGAGGGGCGUUAUAGUCUCCUGUAGUAUCAGUAAGUCCCUCGCUCAGCAUCUAGAAGACAAACCUGUUAGCCGGCUGCUCGUCAAGCGCUUUCCUGCGUCGCCUGGACUCCCACUGACAUUUCCACAGCGUCGUAGUUUAGCCGGCAGUGUCUUUACAGCAAAGAUCACACUGGUGCACGCUCACACACCCGUACAGAGGACUCACUAAUAGGAGCAGUAGUGGUAUACUGGAACCGGAGUUGUGUACAUUUUGUAAAUUGUGCCUGGUUCCCUAAAAUCUCAAACCUUCCAUGUGAAGGAUUUCUUUUGUUCUCUUUUUGUAACACUGAUUUGCAUUUGAUGUCGCAAAAUAGGAUUACACGGCUAAUGCUGACACUCUUAGUGACUUUAUUCCUUUCGUUUAGCCCCAUGACUCACUCCAGGUGUAAUUAUCAUCCCCUCUGACUUGUGUGGGUGUCAUUAAUGAUUAUUAUGUACAAUGCUGACCAAGCGACUGUUAUUGUUCUGAUGGUGCGGAGAUGUCGCAGUUGGUUGAGAUCAAGCGGAUGGUGGAAUGCACAGAUUGACCUGAAUAAUCCGAAUUGACGGUGGUUAUUCUCUGCCACAGCAGUAGUGUUUUUUUGCAUUACAUGUAGUUGUAGAUGUAGAGAACAGCAACAACCUUCAAAAUGUUUUGGAAUAAAAGGUUUUAGUUCCAAAUUAGGAUUAUCAUCAGUAUUAAAACUUCUUCUCUAUUUAUCCAUCUAUUUGCACAGACGGAAUCUCAAAGUUACAUCUUGUAAUUUAAUUUUUAAUUGUUGGUCUCAUACUGCAAAAAAAUACUUGUUUCUUAGAACUGUUCUUAUGUGUUGAUCAAAGUGUAAAUUUCCCUCAACUGCUACAUUAACCACAUCUAUAAAGGAUGAAAAGAAAAACAAACAAACCUUGUAACCAUAUGUACAGACUUCCUUGGUCUGUCAUCAAGUGUAAUAUAAUGCGAUGCAGCGCCUGAACGUGUAGACUGCCAUAGACUGUUGAUGCAAACGAUCAUAAACUUAAAAUCCGAAUGUG